GGAACCUGCAAGGUGAUCGGUGCUGGUGUAACUGGCUGCAUACUGAGAACUGUUGUAGCUCCACCGGAUUGUUUGGGGCAGGCAGCUAAAUGCCGUCCAUGCUACCGCAGCCUCGCUUAUCCUAACUCGGGCCCAGGACUCGCCCGUGUUCCAUUAGGCGCCAAUCUCACCACUGGGAGGCGUAUAGUAAGGCCAGCAUCCUAA